GCGGGCGAGCAGGCAACUGGACCCUCGGCACCACUUGGCCCGGCGCGCGUCCCUGGUUAAUAUCCCUCCCUCGCUCGCUCAUCGACUAUGCUAUGCUCACCUCCUCCCUCUCCUGCCUCUUUCUUUCUGAGUUGCUCUUCAGAUCUCCUACACUUGGUCGGGCGGUGCAAAGACGCGACAGAUGGAUUGCUUUGGCGACACGCAGGGGAACACUCGUACCGAAUGGUCGCAGCAAUCACGGGGGCUGACGGUGAAUCUUCAUGACACACUAUCGACGCUUGGGCAGUGGUGCCACUUCACCCAAUUGGAGCAGAAGCCGUCCUUCUACUCGACUAUGGGACCAAUCUGCCUCUUGUCGUUGGCCUGCAGAGGUGCAUGUGCACCCCUCAAGUGGCGUCGAGAGGCGUCGAAUCGGGCACAGUCUUCUCCCCCGCUGCAACGGGAACCACUAAGCGAGGUUCCCUGUCUUGCGCUGCAAUCUCCACGAUGGGCGACCCCUUGCCUUGCCUACCCCCUACCUGGCAUGAUCGCAGACAAUUGCCUAUACCAGAUGCACAGCCAGAAACAUCUUGUUCACAACCGAGAUAUCUCAUCUACCCUCGCAAAGAAAGCAGCAGCGGGGGAAAGAGGGUAAAACGGAAAAGAGCUGUAUCCCACGGACUUGCGGCGACGGACCGACGCCCGAGGCUGAGCGGGAGGCAAAGGGUAAGAGCGGAGACGG